AUGAUUGAAACACAGUUUGCUGUCCAGAUGGUCAAAAUGUCUGACCUCUGCCAGCACCUCCCCCGGGAUUGUCUCCCAGAGCACCUGGGGGGGCUGCUGCCCCUGGAUGCCCACGGCUGGAACGAGCAGCUCCUGGCUGGGCAGAACGGCCGUGUGGACCCCGUUGACGAGCUUGUAGGCAUCCCACUGGCGGACUCGUCGGUCCACACCCCCGGGCUGGAGGCCAUGUGCCUGCCGGAGUUCAUGGCCCACCUGGGCAGGCUCCAGCGCUCUGGAAUCCACCUGGAGUACGUGGAAAUCCGCAAGGAGCAACCGCCAGGGACCUUCCACUGUGCCCUUGCUGCAUACAACCAGGAGAGGAAUCGCUAUGGGGAUGUCCUGUGUCUUGACCAAACAAGAGUUUGUCUGAAAACUAGACAAAACGAGAGAUCGGACUACAUCAACGCCAGCUUCAUGGACGGCUACAAACAGAAGAAUGCGUACAUCGGUACUCAAGGACCACUGGAGAAAACCUAUGGUGAUUUUUGGAGAAUGGUCUGGGAGCAAAAUGUGCUAGUCAUUGUCAUGACAACACGGACGAACGAGGGCGGUCGGAAGAAAUGUGGUCAGUACUGGCCUCUGGAGGAAGGUGGCCAGGAGGUGUACAGUCACAUGGCUGUGGUCAACCAGAGAGUGGACAACCACUCCCACUACAGCCAGACCACCCUGGAGCUGCACAACAUGGAGAAAUGUGAGCAGAAGCAGGUGACCCACUUCCAAUACCUGAGCUGGCCUGACUACGGCGUCCCCAUUUCGGCCUUGACGCUCAUCGACUUCCUGGGGGCCGUCAAGAGGCAGCAGAGACAGGCGGUGAAGGGCAUGGGGCCCCAGUGGAGAGGCCACCCCCUGGGACCCCCCAUGGUGGUUCACUGCAGUGCGGGCAUAGGCAGAACAGGUACCUUCUGUGCCCUGGACAUUUGUCUGUCCCAGUUGCAGGACAUGGGGACACUCAAUGUGUGUCAGACGGUGCGGUGGAUGAGAACACAGAGGGCCUUCACCAUCCAGACCCCCGAGCAGUACUACUUCUGCCACAACGCCAUCCUGGAGCAUGCUCAAAGACAGGGCCUGCUCUCAGCCAGUCAGUGAUGCCAAGGGGGUCGCCUCGUAGUUCUCGCAGCCAAUCAGUGAAGCCCUGGGUGUUGUUCUCGCAGGCAAUCUGAAAAUCCAGGGGACACUUUGUAGCCAAUCAGCAUGUCUGCUUCUAGGGAUUGCCAUCACUUAUUCUACCCUUUAAGAGGCCUCUAAGACAGACUCAUUCCUCCGGACUCUCUCACAUUUUAACGACUAGUAAGACGGAUUUGUAGUGUCUCAAGAAGUUACGGUCCAAGUUAUUGUUGUUUUCUACGCAUGGACCACCAUUUAUUUGUUUUGGUAGUUUGGGCAAUGUAAACCCCAUGUCCUACCAAAUAGAAAUCGCUUAGCUACAUUCAAGUCUACUUUCCUAUAUUAUUAGUUCUGUGUCCUCACUGAAAUCUGUAUUUUUAUUUUGUCAAUAAUAUCCACAUUAGGGACGGUGAGCCAAUCUUGCAUUGUUCUUGGAAAACUCGAGAGGAACAUUUCCUCUUGACUUAAACUUCUCCUGGAGCUGAUAUAAAUCGAAUGGCAUCUUUUAGAAGUCCUGAUAUGUAUGCGGACUUCUCAUCUUGCCCUACCCCAAAUCCAAGCCUCAACCACGAUAAAAUGCAUAGAUGACCUUAAGUUCCACUUAAAGUAAUGCUACACCUUAAAAACUUUGCGAGCUGCUAAUAAUGUUGCCAUCUCAAUGCAUUUCCUGCAGAUUGAAGAAUUAAGGGCUGCCCUCACAACACAGACUUCAUUACGUUAUUCACAUUGGCUGUUCGAAAACCUUGUGAUCAUGACAUUAAAUGUUUGGUCGCCGCAAUAGUCGUUACGUAUGCUUCAGUGAGACACUGUGAUGUACUUCUGUUGAGCCGCCAAUGCUGCGAUGAACAUGAUGUAGGAAGGCCAUAACCCUGCUUCCGCCUUAAGACCCCAGUCUUAGACCUCACCUCAGUAAAGUGCAAUAUACUUUCAUACACAGCCAUGUUGAAGCACUUUGAAAAGGCUCUUCCCAUCGUGCUUUAAGAUAUUGCAGUUCUUGUGGUGGUAUAGUGCAUUUAAGGUCAAAUUGCAAUUAUGGGAGGUUCUAAACGUGAUAUAGGCAUAACUUGAUUGGACCUUUGACCUUCAGGCUUGUCUGGUUGUUCAAUGGACCAUCUUGUCUUAUAGAGACCAUCUUGUCAUGAUUACAUGUAGAAUAUUACCGUUCCCAUUGCUGAACAGUGUGUGCAUCAUAUUACAUGAUAUCUUGUUGGAUGAAAGAAUUUGUUCUUUGCUACUGAAUUCAUAUUGAAUUUGCAUGUAGUGGAGCCUCGUUUAAGUCUGCCAUCCUCGUGCACUCUUAGUGAUUUUAGAAUGAUUACUUUCAAUGAAGGACAGUGUGACCAAUUGUAUUUUUCUAUUGUAUUAAACAACUUUUUCUUACAAGUAUUCAGACUUUAAAAGUAUACAUUAAAAAUGCAUUAUAUUUGCUCUGUUACUAUUAGGUAGUAUGAUUGAGGACAAUUGAAUCAGAUGUUGCUGUAUGGAAAAACCAUUUGUCUACACAUGUACAUUUCAAAUGCUUCUGUCUUAUGACCCAAUAUUUUUUUUUGCCAAUUACGUUUUCCAACCAAAGGCGAUUGGGAUAUGUUCAAUAACAUUUCAAAGGAAGACCAAACGUGUAUUAAGCACAUUAAAUGCUAAAUGUUCAUUCCUAA